UCCUAGUCGUUUGAUAUCAAUCGGGAACACUGGCUUAACCGGAUUUCGGACCCCACUAUAUAAACCUUUGCUUUAAACUGCAAAUUUAAUAAUCUCACGUAAAACUUAUCUAAUUUUGCGAUUGAAUGCGUAUGAAUGUGAAUGCGCUGAGUUGUUUUUCGUAUCUUUGGACUAAGUGUACUUAACUUUUAGCAAAGAUUAUUUCGAUUGUGAAGGCAUUCCAUCUCUAUACGUGCGGACACAGAAAAUGACAAAAAAGAUUAAAACGGAAAACGGGGAGAUGAAAGAGCCUCUUGAGGACACUGACAUAGAUGUCAAGGUCGAGGAUCCAAAUGCCCGAGGGGAAUGGGGCAGCAAGGCGGAGUUCGUACUUUCCUGUAUAGGCCUCUCUGUCGGGUUAGGAAACGUGUGGCGAUUCCCGUACCUGGCAUAUGAAAAUGGCGGAGCUGCCUUUGUCAUCGCAUACAUAAUCCUCCAGAUUCUGAUUGGCAAGCCUAUGUACAUGAUGGAGCUCAUAGUAAGCCAGUACUGUGGUCGAGGUCCUACUGCUAUGUGGGCCAUGAACCCUAGCGCCAAAGGCAUUGGUAUAUCUCAAGUCCUCAUCUCUCUGAUUGUCGCAAUCUACUACAACGUGAUUAUGGCUUACACAGUUUACUACUUCUUCGGUUCAAUGCAGAAGACUUUGCCGUGGACAAAAUGUAAAGACGAAUGGGCUGUCGACGGUUGCGUCGAAAAGACCACCCACAAACUUGAAACAUGUACCGGCAAUGUAACCCUUGAUAUGGUUGGUAAAUGUCUCUGCAGUCCAACAAACUACACUUUCAAUGAGGGUCUUUCAGUGAAUUGCACCAAUACCUCGAACACAGCAGUCUCAGAAUUGUAUUUCUACAAGACGGUUAUACAAAAAGCCCCUAAUAUGUAUCCCUCGGACAUGGGAGCCCCAAUCUGGCAACUGGCCCUCUGUCUCCUCCUAUCCUGGGUAGUUGUAGUUGCGUGCCUUAUUAAAGGGAUCAAGUCCUCUGGAAAGGUUGUGUACUUCACUGCCACAUUCCCGUACGUGAUUCUGAUCAUUCUUCUGAUCAGAGGAUGUCUGCUUGACGGGGCCAUCGACGGCGUGAAAUACUUUAUCGUUCCAGAGUGGGAAAAACUGGCCUCUUUAGACGUGUGGGCUGCUGCUGCCGGUCAGAUGUUCUUCUCGCUUUCUGUGUCCUUCGGUGGUAUCAUUAUGUACGGCAGCUUCAACAAAUUCAGAAACAACGCCUAUGGUGACGCCUUGCUGAUUAGCACGAUGGAUCUCGUCACUAGUAUUAUUGCUGGCUUUGUCAUCUUCACCACAUUUGGCGGCAUGGCGAAGCAAAUCGGAGUGGACGUUAAAGACGUGGCAAAAGGAGGUUAUGGUCUCGCUUUCGUUGCCUACCCCGAGGCUCUCUCAAACCUACCGCCCCCUCAGCUCUGGUCCAUAUUGUUCUUCUUCAUGCUGUUCACACUUGGUCUCGACAGUGAGUUUGCUCUUCUCGAAACCGCUCUAACGUGCAUUCAGGACGAGUUUCCAAGACUCCGAAAAUACAAGACUCACAUGUGCAUCGGUUUUGGCGUUGUGUUGUACUUAAUUGCCCUACCAUGCAUCACACCAGGUGGUGACUACGUGGUGACAUUGAUGGAUUUCUUCGGUGCAGACUACUCGGUACUCUUCGUAGCUACCUGUGAGAGUAUCGCUAUCAUGUGGGUGUACGGUAUUGACCGGUUUAUGCAGGAUUGCACGUACAUGCUUGGACAUGAGCCUCGACCGAAAUACUUCUGGGGAUUUUGCUGGUUCUUUUGUGCCCCUUUGCUUAUUGGGGCACUCUUCCUCUACCGAAUGAUUAAAUUCAAGUCACCGGAAAUUACCAAAGAUGUGCCUUACCCAGAGUUCGGUCAAGGGAUCGGGUUUGCCCUCACCGCAUUAGUGCUUAUACCGAUACCCCUGAUGUUUCUCUACAAAUUCUUUAACGCAAAAGGAAGCGUGAUGGAACGUCUACGAAAGAUAACAACUCCCGAUGAAACUUGGGGACCAAACGAUGGUAGUAUGAAAGAUCCUAAGACCGAAGGUUUUAAUAUGAGCAAGAAGUAUGGCGUUGACAAUCCUGCAGUCGAUGCUAAUGGAGAGGGUUAUAUGCAUAUGUAAAUGGGUGCGCGUUUGAUGAAUCUGCUGUUAGUUAGUGGUUCUACGGUGAUGUUUUCUUUUGCUAGCUAUCAAUAGGAUGUAUUAUGAACUUGAAAAUAUCUGACCAUGUAUUGAUAUAUUUACCAUAUACGUUUUUAAUAUGUGUUUUACUAUUUACAUUCAUAAACAAAACUGUUGCCCGUGCAGUGAUUUGAUGUUUUAGUUUUCGAAUGAUAGCUACAUUCGAGCUACGAUGCAUAUGCUUGAUAUUAAGGAGGAUGUUCGAAGCAAAGGCAAGUCAUAUUAGGGAAUUUAAAACACAUUUAAUGCUUUUAUAGUUGUUACUAUUUAACUGAAGACAGCUUUGGAAUUAUCCGCUGUGAAGAUUCGAUUCGCUGCAGUGUGUGGUGCGUAUUAUGAGAAAUAUACAUGUUGUAAACCAUUAUGAAUGAUUUACGUAACAGGCAGAAAUAAACAUUCGAUACAUGCGUUAAAGGACGAGAUUUGAAUCAAGUGGUAUCAGUUAAAAUGCUAUACUAUUAUUUCGAAAUGUUGACACGAGCAUCAAAACUAUAUCUUAAUAAAUAUUAGAAACCAGUUGAUGCAGCCCCUUCGGACAUGCAUGUAUACCAGAACAGGAACCAACAUUCCACACUAGAUCUGAAAAAGCUAGAGCCGUUAUUAUUAACACUUCUCUAAUGUACAUAAAUCUUUGUAUAUUUUGUGAAUUCAUAUACAAAUAACUUAAACAGGGUUUUUAGUUUAUUUGUUUAUGCACCAGUUAUGUCCACCGUUGCACCGUAAUGUGUAUGUUUUCUUAUUUUAAGUGUCUCUGAUUGAUAAGCGAUUGAGUGACAACACGUGUUUAAUUACUAAACGCGCACUGUUGUUUUGUUAUUGCCCAAUUGUUUUCGUAAAAACCGUUUUUUUUUUAUUUGGAAACUCUAAGUUAUUAUAUUCAACCUUACCAAGGUAGGUCUCCUUAUGGCAUGUGUCUGUCAGUUUGUGUGUCGUUCACUCUUAGGGUUGAAAAUGACUAUCUAUUAUCAGGUGAUUUUCAUAAUUUUACUCUUAAAGAGGGUUGUGCUUAUGUAUCAACAAAAUACAAUGGUGACUCGUGAUACAAGGUCAAACAGACAUGCCCUUGUAUAAUAAACGCAAUCUGAAAUACAAAAUUUUAUUAACGGUCGGGUUGAUGGAAUAAAUAAUUAAAUAAUUUUAAUGAUCCAAAAAUAUUACAAAAUAUAAGCAUGAUAUUAUUUUAUUAGAAAAUGGUAUGGAAUCAUCACAAAUUUAACAUAAAGUAGUAAUGUUCUUAAAAUAAAUAUUUGAAUCAUGUGUUGUGUAUAAUAUCAUGCACAUUUCAUUGUGAUAUGACAUUUUCUGAUUAUUUUUUGUAUCUCAGUUCGCAUAAGUCUUAUGCUUUGUAUGCAUUGAUGUUUUGUCUCAAAUGUCAGCUGUGUGUAUACAACUUUGAAAGAAUGAUAUAGAUUUUAAAAGGCG